CGAUCGUCCCUGUCGCAAACCGCUCCCCUGGUGCACAACCCCCACGACCUGAUCCUCCCCACAUACCCUCAUGAUUCUCCACAACGAUGACGACAAGAAGACGGACCCAGCCACCGAGCCGCUCAUAGGGUCGUCGUCUCAUGUGCUACCGGAGGAGGCACCGCCACCGAGCUUUCAGGAGAGCAUCGCGGCGGGAGCUGGACCGAGCUCGGCACUACAGAGUCCCUACAGCUACUUCAAUGGCAAUCUUGCAGACUCGGAGGUCUACGUGCCCCAGGGCGGCGAGGAGCCGCCGCCCUUCACGCCGUACCAAGCCGAGUUCUUCGUGUCUGGGGACAGUAUCGUCUCUCAUGAUCGGCACCUCAACGAGGACGGCGAGGCGCUGUAUAGGUUCUUACUGUCGCAUGCGGAGACACCGCCGACGUUCUAUGUCCACCUACGCGGGGUGCAUACCGAGUCGCGGACACGCAUGGUUUCACGGAAGGACCAAGACGGGCAGUACCGCACUCAUCACGAGCACUACACAGAGAAGAUAAUGGACUUCGACUUCCCUAUUGACAUCGGGCAGCACAUAGCCUUGGGGCCCGUGCACUGGAGUGUGCCAGACGAAGAGCCCGCCUACAGGGGCAAGAUGCACCGCGAGGUGGAUACGGGUGAGUUCGUCGAGGCGGGCGACCUCGAAGGCAUAGUCCAGCACCGGAAGCGCAGACACGCCUCUAGGAAGGAUGUCAAGAUGGGGAAGGCUAGGCGGCAAGAACGGCGAGAUAGAGGUUUGCCUCCGUGGGCGUCGCUCGAGUGCGAAGGCGGGCUGGGGCACGCGGGUGCAGAGGUGCAGCACACGAGGGUCCUGAAAUCGUCGCAGACUUUGAGGCAAUGGGCGGACGAGUACUGUGCCAGUGACAAGCUGCUCAAGGAGUUCACUUAUGAGAAGGUCGUCUACGGCUGGCAUCUCGUCAACCUCCAGCUCGCCAUCGAAGCAGCCAUCAAGUCCACCUACUACACCGGCCGCCUCACCGUCGAGUUUAAGUCCUCCAGCUCCAAGAUCUGUGUCCGGCCCGACAACACCAUCUCCCGCACGCUCUCCAACAAAUGGGUCAAGCUGAUCCUCAUCCUGCUCCUCAUCUACCCCUUCAUCUGGCUCUACCAGCGGUUCGGCCGCAGAGGCGGCGGGCGCUGGGAAGUCUGCGGGGGCGCGUACGCACUGAAGUCGUGGCAGCUCGUCGAUCCGUCUGCGGACCCUCCGCCGCCGUUUCCUGGGACCGCUUCCGCCAGCGACUCGCGCGUGGUCUACAUCGGGAGGGGCACUGCGAGGACGGUUGGCUUGAGAGAGGGCGAGUGGUUCCAGCGGUGGGAGAAGACGAUUCGCAGAGCUGUAACCGGACGACUCAAGUCUACAGUUGCGCUCAAGGAGCCGGAUGAGACGACCAGUGCCGCGAUGCUGCUAGAUGGAUACCGCCCUCACGCAAUUAUCUGAUGUACAUUAUGACCAUAUCUAGGCCUCGCUGUAGCUUAUUGUUCAAGGCUCCGGAUCCAGUCUGAGAGCAAACUA